UCCUCCGCGGCCACGUCCAGCAGCGUCAGUGGCGGCGCCGCUGGGUUAGAAUGAAGCGGGAGCUCCGGUCCGGCUGUGCCCGUUCCUGUUCCUCUCCGCGCACACGUAACGGCAUCGAUCAGGAUGAAGCACGGCGGGGAGCCGCUGAGGUGGGGAGAGAAGAGCAGCUCGAGAGAAGAAGAGGUGGAGAGGGAUUUGGUGGCAGGUCAGAGCAGAACUGACUGACCCACACGGAUGCUGAAGUUGCAUGGAGGGGGUGGGCUGGGAUCAGGCUAGUUGAAGCUCGCCGGACUGCUGCUGCUGCUGCUGGAAGUUGAUGCAUGGUUUACGGCUGGCCGAGCGCUCCACAUUUCUCCCGUAGCUCUGAGCGCUGGAGACCCGUGAACAUGGCAGUGUCGAACAUGGUCUUCUCGGACGUGGAAAGUUUUCUGGACGACCACCCCGACCUGUUCGAGGACUACCUGAACAGGAAGGGAAAGUACAGCAUGGUGGAGAAGUGGCUCAAAAACCACCAGGCGAGCAAGCACGCGGCGGGAGGCGCGGAGGCGGACAAGCCGGGCGCGUGUAAGGACAGCUGGGCGAGCAAGAGCGACGGGCUCCAGAGGCGCGCGUCUCAGAAGGAGCUGCGCAAAACUUUUGCCCGCUCCAAAGCCGUGAACGCCAACAGGACGUACGACGAGCACGUCAACUCCAGGGCCCAGGAGCCGCUGACCAGCAUGCGGAGGCGCGCGCUGCUGCGCAAAGCCAGCUCGCUGCCCCCGACCACGGCGCACAUACUGUCCGCGCUGCUCGAGUCCCGGGUCAACAUCCCCCAGUACCCGUCCACCGCCGUGGACUUCAAGUAUUACCUCAAAGAGCACAACGAGCGCGAGUUCUUCCUCGAGCUGGUCAAAGACAUCUCCAACGACCUGGACCUGACCAGCCUCAGCUACAAGAUCCUGGUCUUCGUCUGCAUCAUGGUGGACGCAGACCGCUGCUCCCUCUUCUUGGUGGAGGGAACGGCCAACAAAAAGACCCUGGUUUCCAAAUUCUUCGACGUGCACGCGGGGACCACCGUGCUGCCCUCGCUCAGCAACUCGGAUGAGGUGCAGGUUCCGUGGGGGAAAGGGAUUAUAGGUUAUGUGGCCGAGCACGGAGAGACCGUCAACAUCCCGGACGCGUAUCAGGACCACCGCUUCAGUGAUGAAAUUGACAAGUUGACGGGCUAUAAGACCAAGUCUCUGCUGUGUAUGCCUAUCCGGAACAGCGAUGGAGAGAUCAUAGGAGUUGCACAGGCUAUCAACAAGAGUCCCGGCGGAGCACUUUUCACUGAAGAUGAUGAGAAGGUGUUGCAGAUGUACCUUCCUUUCUGUGGAAUUGCCAUUUCUAAUGCUCAGCUCUUCGCUGCGUCCAGAAAGGAAUAUGACCGGAGCAGGGCUCUGUUGGAGGUGGUGAAUGAUUUGUUCGAGGAACAGACGGAUCUGGAGAAGAUUGUGAGGAAAAUUAUGCAUCGUGCUCAGACCCUGCUGAAGUGUGAACGCUGCUCUGUACAACUGCUGGAGGACAUCGAGUCUCCGGUGGUGAAGUUCACCAAGUCCUUCGAGCUGCUGUCACCAAAGUGCAGUGCAGAUACAGAAAACAGUUUUAAGGACAGCAUGGAAAAGUCUUCCUACUCCGACUGGCUGAUUAACAACAGUAUAGCAGAACUGGUUGCCUCCACCGGCCUGCCGGUCAACAUCAGUGAUGCCUACCAGGACCCUCGCUUUGACGCUGAGGCAGAUCAGUUCUCUGGCUUCCAUAUCCGCUCAGUCCUGUGUGUGCCCAUUUGGAACAGCAACCAUCAAAUUAUUGGUGUGGCACAAGUACUGAACAGGUUGGAUGGGAAACCAUUUGAUGAUGCAGAUCAGAGACUGUUUGAGGCCUUUGUGAUAUUCUGUGGAUUGGGGAUCAAUAACACUAUAAUGUAUGAUCAGGUGAAGAAAUCUUGGGCGAAGCAGUCGGUCGCACUGGACGUGCUGUCGUACCAUGCCACCUGCUCCAAGACGGAGGUCGACAAGUUUAAGGCAGCUAAUAUCCCUCUGGUGUGUGAGUUGGGCAUUGAUAAACUGUCUUUUGACGACUUCUCUCUGGAUGUGGAUGCCAUGAUAACUGCUGCCCUGCGCAUGUUCAUGGAACUUGGCAUGUUGCAAAAAUUCAAGAUCGACUAUGAGACUCUGUGUAGGUGGCUGCUGACUGUGAGGAAGAACUACCGUAUGGUUCUGUACCAUAACUGGAGACACGCGUUCAACGUCUGCCAGUGCAUGUUCUCUUUGCUUACUACGGCAGGCUUCCAAGAGACCCUGUCAGAGUUGGAGAUUCUAGCGCUUAUAGUCGGCUGUGUGUGCCAUGAUCUGGACCACAGAGGAACCAACAAUGCCUUCCAAGCCAAGACGGGUUCUGCUCUAUCUCUGCUCUAUGGGACCUCAGCCACUCUGGAGCAUCACCACUUCAACCACGCUGUCAUGAUCCUGCAGAGUGAAGGUCACAACAUAUUCUCCAACCUCUCAUCCAGGGACUAUGGAGACCUGAUGCAGCUGCUGAAACAGUCCAUCCUGGCUACAGACCUCACACUCUACUUUGAAAAUAGAAACAGUUUCUUUGAGCUCGUCAAAAAAGGAGAGUACAACUGGAAUGUUAAAGAACACAGAGAUAUGUUCAGGUCAAUGUUGAUGACAGCAUGUGAUUUAGGAGCUGUGACCAAACCCUGGGACAUCUCCCGCAAGGUAGCAGAGCUGGUCACAAGUGAGUUUUUUGAGCAGGGUGACCGAGAGAGAUCCGAGCUAAAGCUGACUCCUUCCGCCAUUUUUGACCGGAACCGCAAGGAUGAGUUGCCAAGUUUACAGCUGGAAUGGAUUGAUGGUAUCUGUUCUCCACUGUAUGAGACUCUUGCCAAACUGAACCCUAAACUGCAGCCCAUGGUUGACGUGAUCCAGGCCAACCGCGCAAAGUGGGACGAGCUCCAUCAGAGGCGGCAGCGCAGCCAAGAACUGGUGAAUCCUGAUGUUGUCUGUGACGGUGACGGCUCGGGAGGCUGCAGCUGUUUGGGCUCUAGUGACAGUGACUCAUCAAAGCCUGCCAGUUAGCUCUCGUCACACUGCACCAGACCACCAGCUCUGCCCACUGACCUGUAACCCAACCGCAGCGCUGUGCAUGUGGGGGCAUUCUGGCUCUGCUGUGAGCUUCCAGCCUUUGGAGCAACAAGGGGGUUUUGACCCCACAGCGCCCCUUUCCAGGGUGCAUGAUUGAGCGAACGCCCUCUCUCGGCUGUGAGGGAGGAUUUCAGGCAGCUGUGACUGACCCUUUCUGUUUGGCUGCAGUGCGACUCCUGCACGUUUAGCUAGCACUGGUCUUCUCAACCUGGAGGAAUGAGAGGCUGAAAUAUGUUCUAGACUCAGGAAGAGACAGUGGCUUUAGAGCUAGGAUGCUGACAUUAAUGCUACAUUGUAUUAGCUGGCCUAUUGUGUUAGCUAGCUCUGGCAGGGAUGGCUAGGAUUGGGCAGCAUCACCACUGUUUAAAAAAAGUAUAUUCUUAUGGUGUCAUUUCAUAAUGUUGCUUUAAUGUUGAUUUUUUUUUUUCCAAGGGCGUGUGGGGGGUGGGGCUUUCCCUAUUUUUUAUUGUGUAUAUAUUUAAUUUAAAACACUGAGAUAAGAGAUUACUGCAUAGUACAGUUUUGCUGUAGGUUUUGGCUCUGUUUUUUCAGCUGGUGUACGGUAAUUAUUACUGGAUCUAGGGGUCGGGAGGGUUGGGGUUUGCUGAGCGUCAAGGCUCAUGGCAAUGCUUGCAAUGCAAAUAUAAUACACUGCUGCUCUUUGUGCCUUGGUUUAAACUUUCUUUAAUGAAAGAUGCAUGCAGUCCUCUUCCAGUUUCAUAAUUAUCUAGAAACUAUGUUGUAUAUCAUUAAGAGUUGUGCAGCCGGUAUGAUGUCUUAAACUCCCUCUGGAUUUGUGAUGUUGCUGUUUGUGCCUGUUUUGGCUCCAUUAAUUAACUCAGGCAUGGUGCGAAAGGGUCCAUGCAUUACCAUAGAACAUUUCCAUUCGCUCGCUCAUCUAUAUUCACACCUUACCUUAUUAGAUUCGAUCCGAACAUUAGUUAUGCUGCGUUGCAAACCGAGGUAUGGAAAUAUGGAACUACUGUGUGUAGGCUGAACUGCAACCACAUUACUGUUAAGAGUUUAGUCUGAUACAGAGAGUACAUGUGCCUUUGUGAAGAUCACAGAAACAGACUUUCUUAUAUUUUAUGUUAGAGUCAGUAUUAAGCUCUAUCCAGACGGGAUUAGAUUCUCAGAGGGAUGUCUGCGAAAAAUAUUUCACACUUCUUCUCAGUGAUAAAACAGGAGGACAAGUGAGUUUUUUGGCUUUCUUGGUCACAUGACAUCAUGUUCAGUAGCUCCUCCAUUUCCACCUGCUGUUGUGUUUACUUGGAUUUUCAUGGAAACGUGCACAAACUAAUUACGGUGCGUGGCUGUGGAAAAAAGAAAAUAAUGCCUGAUCCCAUCCGGAUAGGGCUAAAGAGAGAGAAAAAUCAGACUUAAGCCCUAUCCGGAGUGAAUUAGUUUCUGGAGUAAUUUUCUCUUUUAUGGGGAGGGUCCUCUGCGAGUUUAUUCCGAUCCGGAAUUACCAUGUAUGUGUUUUUCUCAGACAUCCUCUGAGAAAAUUACAGGCUGAUUUAUCUACUGUUUUUUACUGAACUCUGUGGUCGUGCACCUAAUAAAAUAGCUAUUUGUCCACUGCCACGCACCGUAAUUACACUUCCAUGGAGAUCCAAGUAAACACAACAGCGAGUGGAAAUGGAGAAGCUACUGAACACGAGGUCAUGUGACAGAGAAAGUCUAAAAACUAUUUUCAAUUUCAGUCCGGUUGCAGGAGUUUUAUCACUGAGUAGAAUUGUAAAAUAUUUUUCACAGACGCCUCCCUAAAAAACUAAUCCCGUCCAGAUAGGGCUUAUAACAGCCAUGUUAUUUUGUUCUUUCUUACAGACACCAUAAAAUAAGCAGCACUACAGACUGUGUGUGAACAUCUUGCUACUACUGCACUGAGCACCACCUCCACAUUCCCCAGCACACAGUUCAACUCAAAUUAAAGAAAAACAAGCCAAAGCUAAACGAGCCAGGCUAGCCAAGAAUAAGUACAUGCCAAAUAACUGAACCUGCACAGUUCAUCACCGCCUAGCUGCUUCUCUGCUGCCCUUCAUGCCCGCUGCCAUAUGGACACACACUCCCAUAAUCCACUCAGAGGUUACGCUGAUACUGAUGUGCAGGAAAUGUCAUUGCUACUAAGCAGCAGCUGUGUCCAAUCAAAUUUCAGACUGUUAUUUGCUACCCAAAACAGCCGUUAGGAGUUGAUCAGUGAGGUGAUCAAGGUCUUUUCCUGGUUUUGUAGAUUUUUUUUUUAAAUCAUACUCUGUUGUUAACAACUGGUGACAACCAAGAUGAUUAAAAAACAAGAAAUAUAACAAAUGUGGAACAAGUAUGCAUAAGUAUAUUCUUAUAUAUUCAAAUAAUUCCCUCAAUUUAACAGUCCUCCCACUCAGUUGUAUAAAUGGUUCCACUAGUUAAAUAAAUAACUUUCUCAAGUUAUUAACUUGUUCCCUUAAUUUAGCAAUUAAUUCCCUCAGUGUAAUAAAUUGCUCUCUUAAUUUUACAAUUCGUUUCCUCAAUUUAACAAUAUGUCCCCUUAGUUUAAUAAAUUAUUCAAUUUAAUAAGUAAUUCCCUCUUUUUUAUUAAAUGUUCCAUCAAUUAAAUAAUUUGUUCCCUCACUUUGAAGGAGUGCCUUAAGCCCUAUCCGGAAGGGAUCAGUUUCUAAGGGGGACGUCUGUGAAAAAAAUGUUUUACACUUCUACUCAGUGAUAAAACUCUUGCAUCUGGACAGCAAUUGAAAAAAAAACAGGAGGACCAGUGAGUUUUUUUUUUUUUUUUUUUUUU